AUGGAAUUAUCGCAUAAGAAUUCACGUUCAAUCCUAUCUGCAGAAGAACAAGUAUCGCAAGGGUUUACAGCAUGGACAUAUUCGAUGGAAUUAUUGAAAAAGAUGCAUGAGCUACAUCCUAAUAUUAUUGUUAAAGACGGUGAUCAAGUUAUUGGUUACGCUAUGGUUGCUUUGAAACAAGCGAAAAGUUUCCACCCUGAAUUGGAAGUGAUGAUAAACGAACUUGAUAAGCUGAUAUACAAAGGUAAACCAUUGUGCCAGUAUUCUUAUUAUGUAAUGGGGCAAAUUUGCAUUGCUAAAGAAUAUCGUGGAAAAGGCAUUUUUGAACUUCUUUAUAAUAAGCACAGAGAAUUAUUAUCAAAACAAUAUGAAUUUCUUAUUACUGAAAUUCCGACUAUAAAUAAACGUUCAAUUCGUGCGCACGAAAAAGUCGGAUUCAAAACAAUACAUACUUAUAAUGAUGGUAAAAAUGAAUGGAACGCAGUUAUUUGGGACUGGUAUCGUUAA